UCAGACGCCCACUCACUAUCUGUGUUAUCAAAAGGUGCAGAGUAUCAUUCCCUCUCGACUCUGAAGGCAACAGGUGUCCUCCUUCAUCGACUAACCGGAUAUCUAUAGGGGAAUCACGCAACAGCAUCAUGAUUUGCUGGAUCAUUGCUCUAGUGCUCCCCCUGGUGGUCAACUCUGAGCCGUUGUUUCCGGUCAACUGCGAGGACAUCUUCAACAGCGGCCACGUCCUCAGCGGCGUUUACACCAUCUACCCCAUGGGCCACAGCGUGCCUGUGCAGGCCUACUGCGACAUGGGCUGCGAGGACAACCACGACGAGGGCAGAUGGACCGUGAUCCAGAGGAGAAUGGAUGGCACUGUGAACUUCUACAGGCCCUGGAAUCAGUACAAGGAAGGCUUUGGGAACAAGGAGGGAGAGCACUGGCUAGGUCAGAAUUCUCAGAACUAA